AUUUCCCUUGUAUCUCUUUAGUCUCUUUAAAAUGUGGCAGACUCUGUUGGGGUAAGCAUUAGUAAUAAACCAGUCACUAUUCGAGCUAUCUGUGUCACUAUUGCUCAUACCCUUCUCUGUGUGUCUAACGAUGGGAAGAAUCCUUUGGGAUUGUGUAGCAGUCAUUCUACUGGGAGAUCUGGUGACUUCUAGAGAACCUGAAAUAAGGAACAAUGUGAGUAUACAGAUUAUCAAUUUCAAUUAUGAACGGACACAAGUUAAAUGGAAUAUCAGUGACUAUUUGAUGAAGAAGAAUUUAACUUUCCUUUAUGGAUUGGACAAAGCUUCACCUUCAAAACAGUGUCCUCACUAUAUUCUUGAUCAAGGUUAUACUGUUGGAUGUGUUUUUAAGACUGGAGACAACAGGUUGACUUAUUUACUCAAGGGAGAAGAUGGAAUUAUUGAAAGAAAAAAUGUGAGACUUAGCAAUUACUUAAAACCCAACUCUCCAACCAAUUUGAAUUUUACAUGGAGAGAAGACUCAGUUACGAUAAAAUGUCCUGAUUUACCCAUUCGUGGUUUAUCCUAUGAAAUUCAGUACAAAAGUACCUUUGAUCUAGAAUGGCAGCUCAACAUGAACAAAAUAUGUAGCAUUAAAAUCGAUGGCUUGAAUUCUGAGAAGUGUUAUUUCUUCCGGGCCAGAGUAAUAACAAGAAUGGCUAUUUAUGGCAGUAAGACAUACCCUAGCGAUUGGUCCCCUGUAACACAUUGGAGGAGGAGCAAACUGGAAGAUUCAUGUUCUGAGGCAGCUGAAAAACUUUCCCCAAAAUAUAUCUACCUAAUUACUAGUCUGGUUAUCCUCCUAGCAAUAUUCCUUCUCUUCUUGUUUUUGAGGAAAUCAGCAAGAAUUAAGAAAUUACUAAUGCCGGUUGUACCUGAUCCCAAAUAUUCUUUUCCUGGCCUAUUUGAUUAUCACCAAGGAAAUUUUCAGGAGUGGAUCCAGGAUACUGAAAAUGUGACCAGCCCAACUAAAGUAGAACAUUUGGAGCAGGAAUGUGUUGUUGAAGAGGGACAUAUAGAGGAACUUCCCAAGAAAAAGACCAAGGACAAAGUGGGGAAAGCCAUUCAGGAAUACCCAAAACUGAAUGAAGACAAUCUGAGCUCUAAUCAAGCCUCUUUUGGCCUACCUCAAGGCAGUAAUACUAUUUGUCUAGGUGACCUUAACUUUGUUAUGAACGAUAAUAUGUAUGUUGUAUUAUGAAGCUACAUGGUGCACAGAUAGGAGAUGGGAUCUGUGCCAGGAUCAGCCUAGUAAGUUUCUGAGAUUUAUAGCAAUACUAAUAUUAAUACUAGCUAACAUUUAUAGAGUGCUUUAAAGUUUGGAAAAUGAUUUAUAAAUAUACAUUUUAUACUCACAUCAAUCCUGGGAAAGAGGUAUUAUUAUUAUUCCCAUUUUAUAGUUAGAGAAACUGAGGCAUACAGAGAUUAAAUGACUUAUUCAGGGUCACACAGCUAGUAAGAGUCUGAAACUGGACUCUAACUCAGGUUGUCUUCCUGAUUCUAUGUCCAGUAUUCUCAUUAUCUGGCUUAGAACAUUGAUAGGAAAAGGGUUAGUACUAGGAGUUCCCAAACUCACCAGUCUGUCAUAAAUUUAACAGUUAUCCAGUGAGAAAUCUUAGAUUAAAUUACAUUCAUUUUUGUUUUAAUUACAGCAUCUCUGCCCAUGUAUAUACAGCAACUCAUCAUAUUUAACGUCUAAGCUUUACAACUCAUAAAUGUAGGCAUAUUUCAAUGUGAGUGCUUAAAAUAAGUCAGAUUUAUUUUAUUUAGACUAAUUAAUUAGAAAUGCUUGUCAUAAUUUUUGCUAAUUCUACAUGUUCCUACAUGUGCUUUUCAUUUAACUUGCAAUGAAGUAAAUGCCAGUAGUAUCAAUGUAUAUGUAAAAGAGUUUUCAAAUACCUAGGAUGAGAUAACAUAGUAUAGGGCAAAGAACAUUGGAAAAUGAGUUGGAAAAUAGAGUGCUAGCACUCUCUCUGAAACUAUGGCUUUAUGCUCUUGACCAAAUCACCUCUGUGCACUUAAUUUCCUUAGUUAUAAAACGUUGAGGUUGGACUGGAAAAUCUCUAAAAUCCCAUUGAGAUCUAAGUCAGAGAAGCUCUUUGAGGUCCCCUAAAGCCCCCAAAUGAUCUUGUGCUAAAGAAGCCUUCAGUUUCAAAUGGUAAAGAGAUUCUUGCAUUCAUUUCAAAUAUAGCACUGAGGACCACACAGCAAAGUAUGAUAAAGCUUGAUUUUAAGUCCCCAUAUUAGGGUAGGCAAAGCAAACGCAAAAAAGAUUUUUCAAAGCUUACAAACAACUGACUGAAUCAUUGUAUUGAAAUGAUAGACUACCUUUGCAAAAAUAUAACAUUUCAUUAUCAGAAAAACCCUCCAAACAAAUGCCUUUUUGUAGAAAACCAUUUGUAAUUUUUGUGCUAUGCUUUGCUUUACAAAAUAUUCAGCAUAGUCAGUCCCUUGAUUCAUCUGGCCUUUGAUUUUAUUUUGCUGUGUUUUCAACUGUUAAAUAAAGGGGAAAAAUUACUAUGAGUGUUAUCUUUGAAAGCAGAGCUCUAAGGGCUUGAUUUCUGUGUUGAUAGUAGAGGGGAUUUUUAUACUGAAAGUUCUGGGUUUGAGGACCAUCAGGCUUUUAGAUUAUUAAGAUUAUAAACUUAGUAGGUGGAAACUAGGCUGGAUUGUACAUUCUCAAAACAUUUGUGCAAAGACAUUGUACAUUUUUAUUUUUCUGUUUGCAUUUUACUGAAGAGGGUUGGAAGCAGUGACAGGGGGCCAAACCACACUCUUUUCUGAUGCUAUUAAGAAGUCUGAGAGUGUCCCUGGUAAGGACUGAAAAUGACAGGAAUGGUGGCAUGAGCCAAGGUAUGACAAGAAGUUUAGAAACCUGCUCAUAUGCUCUAGCAUGUGGUCACCAUCUGGAAUGAGUGUUGUACCUGACUUAGUAUAUUGCUGUUGCUGCACAGUCAGGUGAGUAAAUUUCAAGUAGGAAAUCAGAGAAAACUAGAGAGAAGAGAGAAAUGAUGUGAGUAAAAGAUGAAAAGACUCAAAUUACCUUGGGAUAAAGUUUUCAGAGGGCUUGUGUCCACAAAGCCUAAGAAAUGGGAGCUGGAUUCUAAAGCCAACCCAACUCCCGGGCUACUUCAUAAAAGGCAGUUGCAGAAGUUCUGUUUAUAUGAGAUUAAACAUGGGCAUUUUGUGUCAAUAAAAUGAUGGAACUGGAGAAUAUGUGUUUCUUCAAGUCAGGAACUGCACCUACUGUUAUCAUCAACAGUAGACAAUCAGUGAUUUGCUACUUGAUGAUGGAUGGCUAAAAAGAAUAGCUGUUUUCUGUUAAGGAAAUUAAAAAAAACUGAUGGGAAAAUAUUUUAAGGGUCUCUUUCAGAUGACUGUCCAAUUGUACAUGUGACUGGCAACAAAUCAGCUAGGCUUCAAAUUUCCUUAUAAGAACUAAAGUAAGA